CUAAGAGCAAGGAAUCGUGCAAAGGAGAAAAAUAAUUCGCAGAGAGAUACCUUCAAGAACGGUAGUGGUGGAGGUGGUGGCGAUGGUGGAGAAGGUGGAGAAGGGGUGGCCUUUCCUUUUUUCUGUUUUCUGGUAAUUAAAUCGAUAGUGGUGUCGGUGUUUAUUGGAGUUUGGAGUGAUUCACACCAUACAAUAGAUGCCAUGUAAGAUAGGGGAGAGUUUUAGGUUUUAGGUUUUUUGAAAUCAAACCUUGGGAUUAGGAAGAAGAAAUAUAGAAAUACAGUUACUGAUUUGCUCUGAAGAUGAUGGAUGUGAUCCUUCAUGUCUACGAUGUGACAAACAGUGGUUCUGAUAAGACGAAUAACACCAUUACGCAGAUCAACAAGAUCUUCAAGGAUCGUAUAGGUUUGGGAGGGAUCUUCCAUAGCGCUGUUCAGGUUUAUGGAAAUGAGGAAUGGUCAUUUGGGUUUUGUGAAAAUGACACAGGCGUUUUCAGUUGUCCUCCUACUAAAAAUCCAAUGUACACAUAUCGUGAACGCAUUAUUCUUGGGAAGACAGAUCUUCCUGUCUUCAAGGUGAACCAGAUUCUGCGGGAGCUUAGCAGAGAGUGGCCUGGAAACUCUUAUGAUCUACUAGCGAAAAACUGCAAUCACUUUUGUGAUGAGUUCUGUGAAAGGCUUGGUGUUCCUAAACUUCCAGCUUGGGUUAACCGGUUUGCUCAUGCUGGUGAUGCUGCUAUGGAAGCUGCUGGAAACACUGCAUUACGAUUGAGGCAAGCCAAGACAGAGAUAAUAUCCGCUAGCAAAGUGGCAUAUCGAUUCCUUGCUGGUGUUGGCUCCAACACGCCAGUCAAUCCGGAUUCCCCAAGCAAUUCCAAUAGAGGCUCCCCUAGAUUCCAAGCCAGUUGGUUCAGAAACCUCGUUUCUUCUGUAGGCAACAAGCCAUCAGAUUCUGAACUUGAAGAUCAGGCUGAAGGCACACCCCAACAACAGAAACAACCGAUAGAACAACUGUGACAGAAUUCAGGGUGUGAUGUGUGUGAAGAUUGCUUCUGUGGCAUCAUUUGCUGCAGUGUACUAUUCAUAGACAAUGAUAUAUCAUUCAAUUCUGAACACUGUAAAUUUGGUUUCUUUCCAACUGAAAUGUUUGUUGAAAGAUUAGAUACAUUUAGGUGGUCAUCCAUCAUACAAUUUUCAUGUUACAUUCUGAUGCUUUUGGUUUCACUCAAGUAGAAUUGGUGAUUGGAAUCUGAGCAAUGGGAAGUAGCUGUAAACACAGAAAUGGACUGGAAUGCGUUUGCUGCUAUCCUGUGCUUUAUCUGCCCUUGCUUCAGUAGAGGUCUUUUGCCAUGAAAACCUCCUUCACUAAAUGCUGCAGCAGGAGUGGUAUUGACAUUGUGGCUCAUUGUGGCUCUGGGCAGAAGAUGGACAAAUCACCUUGCGUCUUGUAAGUCUCAGAAUCUGAACAAUGUGUAUGUGACCAAAUUGCUUGGAUUUUAUUAGAGAUUUAUAUAAUCAAGGCUGUUCAUCAAGUGGACUGGGAGGCAUGCCAGCAAAGUUUUUCUCCGGAAAUAUCAGUAUGACAUUUUGUUUUGAGUUCUUGGGAAUAUCUGUUGACUUUUAUUCUUCUUCCCCCAGCAUAUUAUCUACCUGGUCUGACAGCAGAGAUCAUAUGGGUAUGGGUCCUGUAGAACCUUGCGUGGAACUUGAAGCUGGUUUCAGGUUUCAUAUUUAUAAUUUGGCUCAAGGCAAUGAAUGGGAGCUAGGGGUAGAAGUGGAGUGGUAUUGAGUAAUACAUUUAUUUUUUGAUAAUGUAUAGCAUAUUUGGUUUUA